CACAUAUAUGAAGCUCGACCAAUGCCUCACCGUCCCAACCGCCAAAUAUUAAAUACAAAUAGACCAAGAUGAUCCUGGGACCAAUCAACGGAAUUGACUGCGUCGCUUUCGUCAUUUUCUUAAUCCCACAGCUGCUCUUUCAAGUAGACAUAAACGAGCUACUUGGUGUGAUACUCAGAGUAAUCCCAUUUUUGAUUUUCCAACUCCCAUACCAGCUUGUACAUGAACGAUAUUGCACCAAAAGUCACCUUCAAUCACCCUUUACACGACAUGCCACGCUCUUCCAGGACGUGGUCAUUCGCUGCGUUCGAUAUGCCUUUGCCAAGAUCCCUGCCCGUGUGGGCAGAGUCUUCUUUUCCAAAUGGGUCGCAUAUCCAUUCUUUCGGUUCCGUCUGUUGCGACAUGGAUUUCUGCAUUGCCCCAUGUUUUAUCGGGAGGUCAUCAGACACGGCGCCAGAGGUCUCUGGAUCGUGGAUGAUCCAGACUGCGACCCGGACAUCAUCAUUUACUAUGCUCACGGCGGUGGAUUCUCCAUGGGUUCGGCGUAUUUCUAUGUCGAGUUUCUGAUGGCUUGGGCAACUCGAUUGAAAGAAAGUGGCUUCAAAAAUCCCGCGGUUUUUGCUUUAGAAUAUACCCUCGUCCCUGAUGCGCAGUGGCCGGUCCAAUUUAACGAGACGCGUGCAGGAUACACUUUUCUUCGAGACACGUUUGGGGAGGGUUCAGCAGCGAAGAUCUGUGUGAGCGGCGAUUCGGCAGGAGCAACACUUAUCCUGAGCAUGCUCCUCCAGCCGGGUCAUCUUGAUCAAGAUCCUCAAUCUCUAUCACUGCAUCGGCCAGGUCUUGCUAUACUGCUUUCGCCUUGGACCCAUCUGGUGUCGGAGUUGAACCAGAAUACAGCUAGUGACUACCUGGACCGAACCAGCUUGCACCUGUAUGCAAAGCAAUAUGCAGGAGAGGCGACAAUGAUGGACGGUGUCAUAUCGCCAGGACUCUGUAUUGGGCGUUGGAAGCAGGCCUCGCCGCUGAACGGGUUUCGGAUCAUAUACGGGGCUGAAGAGGUCUUUGCCCCUGGCAUCCAAGUGAUGGCGGACCACAUGAAGAAGAACGGCGCCAUGGUCAAGCUCCAUGAGCAAGAAGCAGGUAUUCACGCCUGGCCUGUGGUGAACUUGUUCCUGGGAGGGACGCGAGAUGAACGCCUGCGGGGUCUGGACAUUAUGACUGAUUUCAUUCUGUCCUCCGGCCUCGCAUCGAGUCUAUAGUGGACCCAUGGGGCCAUUCACCUGCGUCUCAUUCCGAAGAAUCCAGUCAUGCCAUCAGAUUAGAUCAAGUUUGGAAGGUCUUUCAUCGAUGACAGAUGGACGAGCAAAACAACG